UGAAAUGAAAACGCACUCACUUCACAUGAUCCACCUUCUCGUUUCGUUUUCUUUCAGCUGAGUCGCGAGCUGAGUUCGUUCGAUCUCGUAACUCGUUGUGAUGGGAAACACCUCCUCCAUGCUCACACAGUACGACAUUGAAGAAGUUCAAGAACACUGCAAACACGCAUUUUCGCAGCAAGAGAUCGUUUCUCUGUAUCAACGAUUCUGUCAACUCGAUCGGAACAAUUGCGGCUUCAUUUCCUCCGAUGAGUUUCUCUCCAUUCCUGAAUUCGCCGUCAAUCCUCUCUCUCAGAGUUUGUUGAGAAUGCUGGAUGGCUUGAACUUCAAGGAGUUUGUGUUAUUUUUGUCUGCGUUUGGUCCUGGUGCCACUCUCCAACACAAAAUUGAAUUUAUUUUCAAGGUUUAUGAUACGGAUUGCAAUGGAAAAGUCACAUUUGGUGACAUUUUGAAGGUUUUGAGGGACAUGACUGGACAAUAUAUCUCUGAACAACAGAGAGAGGAAGUUCUGACAAAGGUCCUUGAGGAAGCUGGCUAUAAAAAGGAUUCUUUUUUAGUCUUGUCUGACUUCAUGAAGAUUCUUGGCAAUACGGGUUUGAAGAUGGAAGUUGAGGUUCCUGUGGACUAGAAGGAGGGGUAGCUAUGUCCCUAGAGUAUAAAAGACAAAAAAGAAACUCUUGUCAUGCUUUCCUUUUAGUUUGAUGAAGGAGAUUCUUGGUUCUGGUAUUUAUUUCUUCCUCUUAGUGGAUGAUAGAGUAUUUCUCGAUUGUUUAGUUAAUUCACCUCAAAAGGAUGAGUGGUAUAGGUUUUAGCAAGUGCACUCAGCAGUGUUUCUUUGUAUUUGGAAAUAAUGUUUGAAGUAAAUAUGACCUUUAUUUUUAAUCCUGGUGUAGUAUGAGUUUCGUUAUGAAAUUUGAUUGUUCAAUCAA